AUGUUCGUUCUCGUCUGCUCCCGGUCAAAAGAAGGCAUUAAAAAUGGCUCUCGCCUCUUGCGGAUCUCCUGCCUUGGUGCCCGUGUCAUGAGCUUCGAAGAAUUGCGGCCGGUCACGGCUAACAAGUUUUAUUCUACACUGGUGGUCUCAGCGAACGACCCAGCGGCUCUCAAGGGAAAUAUCGAGGCUCUGUGCACCCACUUAAUCAAUCCGCGUUUACGUGUGAAGCUGGACGACCUGGCAUACACCUUGUCAGAGCGUCGCUCGAACUUCUUUCAUCGCGCCUAUGUCGUCACACAAGACACAGAAUUUGAGCCGAGCGACUUCGUCAUGGGCAAGAAGGCCCCCAUGACACCCCGGAUCGGCUUUGUCUUCACCGGCCAAGGUGCCCAGUGGCCCAUUUGGGGCCAGGCGUUGCUGCAAUAUUUCCCGGAGACGCGUGCUCUCUUCGAGGAGUUUGACCAAGUCCUCCAGAGCUUACCCAGUCCUCCUACCUGGUCGUUUGUCAAGGAGCUCAGCGAGCCUCGCACCGCGGAGCACUUGCGCCAGCCUGAGUUUUCCCACCCUCUCGUCACAGCUCUGCAGCUUGCCAUUCUCUCUAUUCUUGAGACGUGGAAUGUUACCCCGAGCAGCGUGGUGGGCCAUUCUUCGGGUGAGAUUGCUGCUGCGCAUGCGGCCGGAUUCCUCGACCGCGCCGAUGUCAUCAAAGCCGCCUUUUACCGCGACCGAGCAGCCGUCAACAAAAAGGAAGAAGCUGAAUCCGAUCCCAGUAGCUUGACCAUUUCGGGUCGGAAGCCAGCUCUGGAGGCUUUGGCGUCGGAGGUCAAAACGGAGGGCCACUUUGCCCGGCUACUCCUUAUCGACCUAGCGUAUCAUUCCAAACUGAUGGGAGUCAUCAGUGAUGAAUAUGAGAGUCGCCUGGCCGUCGACAGCAAGUUCACGUCCGCUGAAACGCCGUCCCCCAAUGUCGCCAUGUUCUCCUCUGUCACCGGCUCGAAGAAGACUUCGGCGGCUGAUGCUCACUACUGGAGAGACAACAUGGUCUCCCCUGUUCGCUUUACCAAAGCUCUCUCCGCGAUGGUGUCGGGCUCCGGGAAGCCAGAUAUCCUCAUCGAGAUUGGUUCCGGGGCACUCGCGGGCCCUGUGUCCCAGGUGCUCAAGUCGAUUUUUACUGCAUCAAAUGUCACCUAUAUGCAUCAUGGUCUCGAGGGUCCGAGGCUGCGAAGCCGCUCCUCAAGGUUGGAGGAGCUCUGUUCAAUCCUGGGCUUCGGCAAAAUCGCCCAACAGCACCAGCGGCUUGCCGAACGGAAACAUGAACACCUGCACCACCGGCGAGUUGAGCCGCUCCAUCACGGAGCGGAGGUAGGUCGCAAAUGUCCCAUCUGUGGCCUUGAUGUGCGUGACCAUGGCCGGGAUGUCCCCCAAGAUGCUGUGCGCCGAUGCCUCGAUGUGUCGGCGUCUCAUCUGAUUUAUGUAUUGUUGGCGUCGCUAGUGCUGUACUAUGCCUUUAUCGCCAUCCAUCGAUUGUAUCUUUCCGAGCUUGCAAGAGCACGUAUCCCGGGUCCUCGACUGGCAGCCAUCACAUUUUUGUACGAAGCCUACUAUGAGGCUUGGUUAGGGGGGCAGAUGUUCCUCCACGUUCAGGAACUACACAAGAAAUACGGGCCGAUUGUUCGCAUCACACCCGAUGAGGUUCACUUCGACGAUCCCGAGACCAUCGAUGCCAUAUUCCCACAGGGAGGAAGAAAGACAAAUAAGCCCACUUGGCUGCACACCAGAACCGGCACCCCCGACUCCAUCUUCUCCACUGUCCACCAUGACCAGCACCGACAGCGCCGCAAUGCUGUCAGCUCAUUUUUUUCGCCGGCCAGUGUGCAUCGGCUGGAGAGCAUAUUGAAAGAGAACCUGGGCACCUUGAUCGCGCGUCUUGACCACCACGGCUGA